UUGGGUAGCUAAACCAGCCCAUUUUGCAUUAAAUACCACCAUCAACACUGAGAUCUUCAGCACUCCAGAGAAACCUUCCAAGAACAGCAUCAUGAUCAUCUCCGUGCUUUUGCUAGUCACCCUGCUACCAUAUCUGACUAUUUCAGCAUCUGUGCAAGUGGGUAUUGUAAACGGCACAGAAGCCAAACCUCAUUCCAGACCCUACAUGGUUUCAAUUCAAAGUAAUAACAAACACAAAUGUGGUGGCUUUCUUGUAUCUGAACAGUUUGUCAUGACAGCUGCACACUGCUUUGACGAAGGAGAGAAGCUGACAGCUGUGGUUGGAGCUCAUGAUUACACUCAAGGUUCUCACCAGAUGGAUGUGAAGUUCUACCACAUCCACCCUGGGUAUGAGUCAAAAAGUCUGCUAAAUGACAUCAUGCUACUUCAGUUACAUGAAAAAGUCAAAAAGAGCAAGAACAUCAACUGGAUCUCCAUACCAAAGAAAAAUAAAGACAUCAAGACCAAGGACAAAUGCAGUGUUGCAGGAUGGGGGAAAAAAACCACCAAAGGUGCAGCAAGUACUAAGCUUAUGGAGGUGGACGUCACCAUCAUUAAUGCAAAAGAAUGUAAGAAGUACUGGGACAAAGACUUCUCCAUCUCACGUAUGGUGUGUGCAGGUGGCCAUGGAGGAUUUUGCCAGGGGGAUUCUGGAGGACCCUUGGUGUGCAAUAAUGUCGCAGUCGGUGUUGUUUCAUUCAACGAGGUAAACAACUGUGACUUACCCAAACGACCAAAUGUCUACACCAAGAUUUCCACAUUUCUAAGUUGGAUAAAAGCUAUUCUUGAAGGUGUAAAGCAAGAACUUGAUUAAUAAACAUUUUAAUCAAACAAUGUAGUCUGUUGAUCAU